AUGACGUUUAACCAUAAUCUAGCUCCCCCCGCCAUGACGCAACAACAAAAAAAGCAACGCCAAACCAAAAAGAACACCGGGGUAAACAGAAAACCCAAAGGGAACACCGGGGCAACACCCGAGCCAAGGGAACACCGGGCAACUGCAACACCAGAGCCAAGGCAAAAACCCCGAGCCAAGGCAACACGGAGCAAAAGGGAACACCGGAGCAACACCGGAGCAAAGGCCAACACCGGAGCAAAAAACACACCGGAGCAACACCAGAGCCAAGGAACACCAGAGCCAAGCAAAAACCGGAGCAACCAAGCAAGGAACCCGGAGCAACACCAGAGAAGGGGAACACCCGGGGAAAACCAAAACCCGCAAAAGGACAACACCAGAGCCCAAAGGGAACACCGGAGCACACCAAAGCCAAAGGGAACACCGGAGCAAACCAGAGCCAAGGCAACACUGGGCAAACCAAAGCCAAGGCAACCCGGAGCAAAACCCCAGCCAAGGCAACACCCGGGGCAAAGGGAACACCGGAAAAGGGGAACACCGGAGCCCCCCCCCAAGGGAACACCGGAGCAACCAAAACCCCGAAAGGCAAACCGGAAAAAGGGGCAAACGGGGAAAACCAGAGCCCAAGGGAAAAACCGGGAACAACCCCCCAAGCCAAGGCAACCCGGAGCAACUUUGCAACACCAAAAACCCCAAACCAAAACACCGGGCAAAUGCACACCAGAGCCCAAGGGAACACCGGGGAAGCAACACCAGGCCCAAAGGGAACACCGGAGCAACCCAACCCCCAAAAAGGGCCCCCCAAAAAGCCAAACACCGGAGGGAACUGCAAACCCAAAAAGCCAAGGGGCCCACUUUUCUACACGAUAA